AUGACCCGAGAGUACGCUGAAGAUUAUGAAAUGGCUGAAGCAACUACAGGUAUUCUGGAGAACAUGUUCAAGCUCUCAGAAGAGACCUGUACGAAAGUAAUCAAUCUGGGUGGGCUGGAUGUCAUCCUGCGAUGGUGUCGAUGUGGGACCAAUUAUUCCAUCUUACGUCGCUGUGCUAAAGCUUUGGCUAACCUCUCCCUCUUUGGGGGAGCUGAGAACCAGGAGAUUAUGUCCAAACAUAAGGUACCCGAAUGGUUGUUUCCUUUGGCUUUCAGUGAUGACAACAGUAUACGAUACUAUGCCUGCUUGGCAAUUUCUGCUUUGGUGGCUAACAAAGAAUUGGAAGCUUCAGUCAUAAAAUCUGGUACACUAGAUUUGGUUCUUCCAUUUAUCAACUCUAACAAGCCAUCCCAGUUUGCUCAAAGUGACGUGACCCACAAACAAGGCCGCGACAAAAUUUGGCUCAAACAUUUGAUCCCUCUCCUGUUCUCACGACGGCAGGAGGCCCAGGCACUGGCUGCCUUCCAUUUUGCGAUGGAGGCCAUCAUUAAAGCAGAGCAAGGGAGACAAGAGAUUUUCCAUGAGAUUGAUGCUGUAGAGCCACUGAAGAAGAUCGCCAGCAGCCCCAACACAGUGGCCUCAAAACUGGCAGCUGAAGCCUUGAAGAUCAUCGGGGAAAAGAUCCCACACAAGUUGUCCCAGCAAGUCCCUCUGUGGACAGUAGAUGACGUUGUCUAUUGGGUCACACAAAUUGGAUUUGAAGACUUUGCUGCCAAAUUUGGUGAGUCUCAUGUUGAUGGGGACAUCCUUCUGAUACUGACAGAUGAUGACCUGCAUUCAGCUCUUGGUAUGACCUCCAGUAUUGUCAGAAAACGAUUUGUCCGAGAGUUGAAAUCACUGAAGAUCACAGCCGACUACUCCAUCAGUGACCCCACAGGACUGGACGGCUGGCUCAUGUCCAUCAACCCGGAGCUGUCACAGUACACCUACUGGAUGUUGCGUCAGGGGGUGGACAAGUUUGAGCUCAAGUCUAUGUCUGAGGAGGAGCUCACUGCUGAAUGUGCCAUCCAUAACAGCAUUCACCGCCGGCAGAUCCUCAUGCAUAGAGAUGAACUGGUGGCCCCAGAUACCCCGAGUCUGUCUCAUCAUCAUCAUCUGGCCAGUCUUCCAUCCAUGGAUCCCAGUCACAGCAUCAACUUCAACAACCUACGCUCUAUUGAUGUCUUCAUCUGUUACAGAAGGUCCAGCGGAUCCCAGCUGGCUAGCCUGCUAAAAGUUCACCUGCAGCUGCGAGGUUUCUCAGUGUUUCUGGACAUCGAUCGGCUCAGAGCUGGCAAGUUUGAUGAGAAUCUGUUGCUCAGUAUUCACAUGUCCAACCACUUUGUUCUCAUACUCACACCAGACGCUUUAGACAGAUGUAUAGGUGAUGAUAAUCAAGAGGACUGGGUGCACAAGGAGAUUGUAGCCGCCAUCGACAGCAACUGUAACAUUGUUCCUAUCAUUGACAACUUUGAGUGGCCUCCCCUGGAGAAGUGGGUCCAUGAAUACCAGGAUGCCUGUGUAGAUAAACUGGAAACAUUUCUACGCCGGGGUCGUCGUAUGUCACAGCAGGUGCAUGGCUCUGUCCCAGCCAUGCAUAUAAACAACUCGGACCCACAGUUCCCCCCAGAAAGCCCAUGUAAAUCGUCCAGCACCCACAAUUUGCUGGACAUCAGCUCUUGA